GAAGAAGUGGUGUACGAAUCAAGGAAUAGGACAGUUGCUCGUGUGCGAGGCUCCGCGUGAUAUCGUAGAUUGUGUGUACUGUGUUUGUUUGUGCUUGUUACAGCCUAUAUUGUCAACUGCUUCUCACGAGGUACACAAAUGCAGUUAAUAAAGAUGGUUUAUCGAAGCAGAUUCCCAAAUAAAUUGCUGCCGCCGAUGACCGAGUAACUGACGUGCUAGACCUGACACGAGGUCCUCACCUGCGUUAGAUACGUGUGGGCCAUCUAUCCGCGUCCAAGCUGUGUCGAGGCAUCCAAGUCAUGGUAUCGAAGUUCGACACAAACUUCGGUUGUGAGGAUUUUUUCGGGACUUAUCGUUGCACCCAAGACAUGGCUUGUGAUCGUGGUGAUUCGGACUUCGAGUUCAUCAUACCGCCAGAAGCGCCGGUCUUCGAACCAAGUACUGAAGAGUUUCACGACCCCCUUGGCUACAUUGCGAAAAUACGACCGAUCGCAGAGAAGUCUGGCAUUUGUAAAAUCAAGCCGCCGCCUAAUUGGCAGCCACCAUUUGCUGUUGAUGUCGAUAAAUUCAAAUUUGUUCCAAGAAUACAAAGACUAAAUGAAUUAGAGGCAAAAACGAGGAUAAAACUUAAUUUCUUAGAUCAGAUUGCAAAAUUCUGGGAACUUCAAGGUUCAUCUUUAAAAAUUCCUCUUGUUGAACGCAAAGCUCUUGAUUUAUAUUCUCUGUAUAAGAUAGUUACUGAUGAAGGAGGAAUUGAAACAGUAACAAAAGAAAGGAGGUGGGCAAAAAUUGCAAAUAAAUUAGGUUAUCCUUCUGGACGCAGUGUUGGAAGUAUUCUAAAAAAUCACUAUGAACGUAUUUUAUAUCCAUUUGAUGUUUUUAAACAAGGAAAGACAUUGGCAGAUAUUAAAAUUGAACCAGAUUCUAAUGUAACUGGAAAGAAAGAUAGAGAUUAUAAACCACAUGGAAUUAUAUCUCGACAACAAAUUAAACCCCCAGCUGAGAAAUUUUCACGUCGGUCAAAAAGAUUUACUAGUCAGGAAGAAAAGCCAGAAGUAUCUAUAAAACAAGAAGAUUGUAAAGAGGAAUGUGAUUCUGACAAUGAUUGUAAAGAUGGAAUUAAAAAUAAACAAUAUAAUGACGAUAAAGAUAAUAGCAAGGAACUUAAAAAAUUACAAUUUUAUGGACCUGGACCAAAAAUGGCUGGAUUUAAUACUAAAGAAGGAAAAAAAUCAAACAAAACUAGAGGAGUAAAGCUUGUUUAUGAAGUCGAUCCAUUGGCAAAGUACAUUUGUCACAAUUGUGGAAGAGGUGACAAUGAAGAAAAUAUGCUUUUAUGUGAUGGAUGCGAUGACAGUUAUCAUACCUUUUGUCUUAUGCCGCCAUUAACAGAAAUACCAAAAGGUGAUUGGAGAUGUCCAAAGUGUGUUGCAGAAGAAGUUUCUAAGCCGAUGGAAGCAUUCGGAUUUGAACAGGCACAAAGGGAAUAUACUCUUCAACAAUUUGGAGAAAUGGCUGAUCAAUUUAAGAGCGAUUAUUUCAACAUGCCCGUACAUAUGGUGCCGACAUCAUUAGUGGAAAAAGAAUUUUGGCGAAUAGUUUCUUCAAUUGAUGAAGAUGUAACUGUAGAGUAUGGAGCAGAUUUACACACAAUGGAUCAUGGAUCUGGCUUUCCAACAAAAACAAGUGUCAAUUUGUUCACAUGUGAUCAAGAGUAUGCUGAAUCUUCAUGGAAUUUGAAUAAUUUACCAGUUUUACGUGGAAGUGUAUUAGGUCAUAUAAAUGCUGAUAUUAGUGGCAUGAAAGUACCAUGGAUGUAUGUUGGAAUGUGUUUCGCAACAUUCUGUUGGCAUAACGAAGAUCAUUGGAGUUAUUCGAUCAAUUAUUUACAUUGGGGAGAGCCAAAAACAUGGUAUGGUGUGCCAGGCUCUCAAGCGGAACGAUUUGAACAAUCGAUGAAAUCGGCUGCACCAGAAUUGUUUCAUAGUCAACCAGAUUUACUUCACCAGUUAGUUACUAUCAUGAAUCCAAACAUUUUAACGAAUGAAGGUGUUCCAGUAUUCAGAACUGAUCAACACGCAGGAGAGUUCGUGGUAACAUUUCCAAGAGCGUAUCACGCAGGUUUUAAUCAGGGAUAUAAUUUUGCGGAAGCUGUGAAUUUUGCUCCUGCUGAUUGGCUCAAAAUUGGACGAGAAUGCAUAACGCAUUAUUCAAAUUUAAGACGAUUUUGUGUAUUUUCUCACGAUGAAUUGGUGUGUAAAAUGUCGUUGGAUCCAGAUUCAUUAGAUAUAGGAAUUGCAACUGCAACUUAUCAUGAUAUGCUUCAAAUGGUAGAUGAUGAAAAAAAGUUACGGAAGAAUCUGUUGGAAUGGGGUGUAACAGAAGCAGAACGAGAGGCAUUUGAACUUUUACCAGACGAUGAGAGACAGUGUGAAGCGUGCAAGACAACUUGUUUCUUGAGUGCAGUUACAUGUUCAUGCCAAAGUUCUCAGUUAGUUUGUUUAAGGCAUUUCACAGAACUUUGUGAUUGUCCCCCGGAAAAGCACACGUUGCGUUAUCGCUACACUUUGGACGAGUUACCAAUUAUGUUACAAAAAUUAAAAUUAAAAGCAGAGUCAUUUGACUCGUGGGUGACAAAAGUAAAAGAGGCAAUGGACCCUGAUAAGAAGAGUGAUAAAAUUGAAUUAAGUGAAUUGAAAGAACUGUUACAUGAAGCGGAAAGUAAAAAAUUCCCAGAAAGUGAAUUACUCAUAGCUUUAACAACUGCUGUGCAAGAUGCUGAAAAAUGUGCAAGUGUUGCGCAACAACUUUUAAACAACAAACAGCGUACGAGAACCAGACAAUCUGUUGAAACUAAAUACAAGCUUACAGUAGAAGAAUUGACACUUUUCUAUAAAGAAAUAACAAAUUUAUGCUGUGAACUCAAGGAGUCUGAUGGAGUAAAAUUUAUACUUGAUCAAGUAUUGCAAUUUCAAAAAGAAGCAAAAGAAGUAGAAUCUAAAGAAGAUGAUUGCGAUAUUGAACAGUUGGAAAAAUGUAUCGAGUUUGGUGAUUCUAUUUGUAUUGAACUACCUCAACUUAUAUGUUUGAAACAAAAAUUAGCGCAAAUACAAUGGCUUGAGGAAGUAAAGUCUAUCCAAGAAGAUCCAAAGUCAAUACAUCGUGAUGAUUUAGCAAAAUUAAUUGAAAAAGGUAUGACAAUGCCUCCUCAUUUAAAUAUAGAAAAUACUCUCUCAGAGUUGCAAGCAUUAAUGGUUGCAAUUGACAACUGGGAAGAAAAAGCAAAAUUGUAUUUACAUACUAAAAAUAGACAAACUAUUGCAUCUCUUGAAGAAUUUAUUCAUGAAGCUGAUAAAGUAGAAGCUUAUCUACCAAGUUUAGAUGUUCUUCAAGAUACGUUAAAUAAAGCAAAAAAUUGGACAAAAAUAAUGGACGAGAUACAAGCAAGAGAUAACUUUCCAUACUAUAAUACAUUAGAUGAUCUAAUUAAGAAAGGCCGAAAUAUUCCACUGCACCUAGAUGCUCUUCCAAUCUUAGAAUCCACGCUUUCACAAGCAAAAGCAUGGAAAGAGAGGACAGCGAGAACAUUCCUAAGAAAAAAUUCACAUUAUACUUUAAUGGAAGCUUUAUCACCACGAAUUGGUGUUGGUAUACAAGCAUUAAAAGCUAAAAAGAAUAAAAUUGAAGAUUCUGUCGGACCUGUCUUCGUCUGUGAUACAAAAUUGGACGAUUCCAAUGAUUCAGCUACUAUAGUGGCCGCUUUUAAAUUAGCUGAACAACGCGAAAUGGAAGCAAUGCGGAAUUUAAGGGAAAGGAACCAAAUGAAAACCAAAAUUGAAGAUUCAAAGUAUUGUGUUUGUCGUCGACCAAGAUUCGGGCUUAUGCUUCAGUGUGAACUUUGCAAGGAUUGGUUCCACUCAAAUUGUGUACCUUUGCCAAAGACAUCAUAUAAGGGAAAAUUUCCAAUGUCGAGGGAAAUUAAAUUUUUGUGUCCGUGUUGUUUACGUUCAAGACGGCCACGAUUAGAGACAAUUUUGGCACUUUUAGUUAGUCUUCAGAAAAUUCCUAUUCGUUUGUCAGAAGGUGAAGCGUUACAGUGUUUGACAGAACGUGCAAUGAAUUGGCAGGAUCGAGCUCGACAAGCAUUAGCCACAGAUGAAAUUUCGACGGCAUUAGCAAAAUUAUCUGUGCUAUCACAAAAGUUAGUGGAAGCAGCAGCAAGGGAGAAGACAGAAAAAAUUAUUAGCAGUGAAUUGAAAAAGGCAGCGAAUAAUCCUGAAUUACAUCAGAGGGUUCAAGCAAUUGCACCGCUCAGUGGUGUACACUCAGAUGACAGUGCACUUAGUACUGCGUAUCAAAAAUUCAGCGUAAAACACAAUCAAAUGACGCAACGGAAGUCGCAGUUGUACUUUCACAAACAGCAAGAAUACGUCUAGAAGAACUAAUGAUGGAAGGCGAUUUAUUAGAAGUCGCACUCGAUGAAACACAACACAUAUGGCGUAUCCUGAGUCAUACAAAUAGCCCCAGUACAAUCCGAAAGUAUGCAUCGUAUGACGAAGUUCAUACUAACUUGAAUCAAGACAUAAAAGACGUAAAAAAGCGUGGAAGGAAAAGGAAAUCCGACGAAUUAGAAUUAUUGAAAAAACUUGGAAGACAAAAGAUGGAAGAAAAAAAUUUAGCUAAACGAAAAGGAUUACAGAAAGAGAAAAAAUUAGCUAGUUCUCCAGUGCCAAUGAAGCGUGGACCUCGUAAGAUGAAACGUAAAGAAGGCGAAGAAGGGCCAAAAAGAAGAGGUGGUCACAGAAAGAAGACUAAACAGGAUACUUCGGACGAAGAGGAUGAUUGUGCUGCUGUCAAUUGUUUACGACCCAACGGUAGAGAAGUUGAUUGGGUACAAUGUGAUGGCGGCUGUGAAGGUUGGUUCCAUAUGCAUUGUGUUGGAUUAGAUCGUACAGAAAUUGCAGAAGAGGACGAUUAUAUAUGUAGUAAUUGUAAAGAGACAGAGCAAAAUUCAACGUCAAGAGCGCCAGACCCCCUAGCUGAAUCAUUAGGCCUGGAUGCACUUCUUUCCCUUUCUCAAUCUCAGGGAUACCAGGGCACAGAUAAUGAGGCAGAUAUUCAAGAAACCACAUCCUUCGUCAGGACAUACUAACCUACUUUACCUUGUUAAUUCUGUACAAGGCUAUAAUGUUUAUCAAUUUCAACUGACUGGGCACUUACGGUUCGACAAUUAAUAUUAUCUACAACCAUCAUUCAGUCAGUUGGUACUGCAGAUUAUCGGAUGCCGUUUGAAUACUGUUGCGAGUGGAUAUUGAAGAUAAAGUAUUAUACUACGGUCGAAUGGCAAUCUUGACGACUGCGAAUGUUAUUUUUCUAUUUUGAUUUGAUGCAAAACUAUUAACUUUUUGUAUGUAUUAUAUUAUAUUGUAUUUCAUUUUUCCGAGAUAACAGAUGUUUAUCAAGAAGAAGAUUUAUUGUACAAGUACAAUACAUUUAUUUAUAAUUGAGGAAAAUUAAUUUAGUACAUUGAUAUUUAAUGUUAAUUUAUAAUAUUAUAACCUGCUUGUUUUUAUCCAAAAUAACAUAUUGCUUUUGAUAUGAUUCCGAUUAAAAGAUAAAACCUAAAUCAUUAUGUAUAUUGUACAGAUCAAGUAUCGCGGAUGAACCGUGAUAUACUACUUUGUGGUUUACAUGGGAUUUUAGAAAAUAGAUAUUUUGCAUCUCAUUGUAACACUUAUUUCUUAUCUCUCGCUGCAAUGGUUGAUAAAACAUACAGGCUUUGCGAGACCAAUGAUUGUUAAAUAAUUAACGAUAUGCGUUUAGCAUUAUUUAUAAUGCUAUUUAUAGUACGAAUGACGCUCUUUUCUUAAGCGAACGUACGACUAAAAAAAGGAUAUGAAAGAUAACGAGGGAAAGAAAGGAGUGUAUAAUUUUAUCUAAUGAUUUAGGUGAUCUGUGACAUAAGAUAAAAAUUAGCGACGGCGACAAUGUAAAAAAAAAAAGAAGUCAUCUCAAAUUAUACUUCUAUUGAAAGGAAGAUUCCGUCGGUUUUGUAUCGGUUUUUAAUUGUAAUGGCGCAAGAGAAUUUCUCUUGCGUUAAAAUAGUAUGUACAGAUAGACUGAGAUAUGUGUGUAUUAAGAUAUAGAUAUUAUUAUACAUAUAUAUAAGAAAUUAGAUUGAAUUAUAGAAGUAAGUUACAGUUUGUAUAAAACAGAGAAUUGACACGCAGAUACAUAGCAUAUCUAAAUCUGCCUUCCUGAGAUAAUUGAUUAGAAUUUAUUGGAUUUUGGACCAGAGUGUACAACUUAUAUAAUUUAUAAGAGUUUGUAAAUCAUUUGAUUUUCAUUUCAUUUCAUUUCAUUCUUCUUGUUCGUUUGUAAUAAUCGUUUUACAUUAUGGUAUUAUUGACUUCAGUGAUCAUUGUUCGAAUGGCCUAAAAUUAUAUACAUUUUGCAAUGUAAAUUCUGCAUCUGAUUCUAAAUUCUAGUAUUAGAAAAGAUUGAUUUUACGAUUUCAACCGAUUAACGAAUGAAAGUAUUUAUUUUAAUUCUUAUAAUUGUAUUAUAUUUUAUAAUAUUUGGUAGCUUGAUGACUUUAUACAUUGGUGUGCUAAUCUUUUUAUCUUGUACAUUCAACAUUAGUUCGAGUUCAACGUUAAAAACGUGCUAACUCCUCCUCCUCUAUUGUUAACAUUCAUAUGACGUAAUUCAUCGAUGUAGUAUAAUUAAAGCUUACUUAUUACUUUAUACAUUAAAGUAUUAUAAAAUUACUAAAUAUUAUAAAGAUGAUACUUACAUUAACGAUAAGAUAUAUUCCAUAAUAAAUCAUUUUAUAAAUGUUGUAAGUGUUACAAAUAUGUGGAUAUAUAAAUGGAUCUCAUUCCCAAUGAAACAGAACAGAAAAAACUAGUUAAAAAUACAUCGCUAUCGAUUGGUGUGAAAUAUAGAUUAUGGGAUGUAAUUUGUGUAUUUAAUGUUGACUCUGGUACAAAACCGUGUUUCGCCUAUUAGUUGAUAAUGAAAUUCUUUACUAGUAUACUUUUUAGUAUGAUUGUUCAAGCUAAUUCCUUUUUUUUUUUUUUUUU